AUGUAAUAAUAUAUAAAAUAGACUUAAAAUCUUUAUGAAAUAAUUCUUAAUGAAGUGAUAGAGAAAUUAAAAUAAAACUCUGAUUAAGGUUAAUUAUAAAUGAGUGAAUCUGAGAUCUAAACUUUUAAAGAUGUAUUUAUAAAUUUAUACUAUUUUUAGUUUUGGUUAAGUAGUUUAAAUGCAAUAUAAGGAGGUUAAGAAGUUAAUUUAAAAACAAAAGUUUCCCCUUAAUUAAAGUAAAAUAGAGACAACCCUAUUGAAGAGGAACCUGCUAUAUUAAAGAAAAUUAAAACUAAUUUAGAUACUUCAAUCAUAAAAAAAGUAUAUUUUCUUACUAUUUCUUAUUUUAGGAAGAAAGUGACUUAUUAUUUUCAGAUGAUUCUGAAGAUGAAAUUAAUCCAAAAGUAGAAUAAGAUACUUAUGAGAAAGCAUUGAAAUAUUUGGAUUAUCAAAUCAGAAAAAAUGAGUUUCUGAGAAAGAAAACCUUAUUUGAUAAAAUUAGAGAAUUAGAUCAAUUAAAAAGCUUUGUUGAAGUGGAAGAUGAAGAUGAUGAUGAUGAUGAUGAUAAGACUGAAGAACCAAGAGUAUUUGAUACGUAAGUAUAUGCUUAAAAGCUUAACAAAGAUAAUUUAGUAUGUCGUAUUAAGGUAUAUUCACAAUUUAAUAUAGCCAAAUAAAUCUUAAAAAAUUAGUUUAGAGUAUGUUCUUAUUAAAGAAAAAAGCAAUUAAGAGGUAAUAUAUCCAUAUGCUUAAUUGGUGUUUAAUUUUAAAACUUAUAAGAAAAUAAGUUCUAAUUGA